ACAUGGACGAUGAUUUCAAGACUUGCUGCUAUCGAAUACAGAUCGUCCCGUGAUCAAUUUUAUAGAUUAUUAACGUUUAUUAAUACCUAAAGUUGGUUUAGAAAAGUAGUUUGAAGUGAUUUGUAAAAGUUUAUAGGCAACUUUUGUCAUUUUAAAAAGUGACGUUGCGUCUUGUAAAGGGGCAUUUUCCUGGAUCAGAUCGGCUUUCAGCAAAUGACAUUUUGGGUAUACAAUGACGGAUUUAAUCGGGAAAAAGAGCCCAAUUGUGAUGUUUAUGGGACAUAUAGGAGUGCCAACAAAGAAGCUCGUCAAAGGUUUCGAAGAAAACAUGUACCACUCUGCACUUUGGUCCUCACCUUCUUCCACCAACGGCCGUGACAGUGAGGCUAUGUACAAUGAGACCAUCACACAGUCUACUGAUGCCAAGCCAAAGGAGGUCAAUAAGUGUAUCCAGCUAGAGCUGAAGGGUCUGGAGUCUAUCGCCCCUCUGGUGCGGUCCGUGGAGGAGACCCCAGAGCCCAUCUCCACAGAGGUGCGUGGGACCAUCCCUACCUGGAUCCGAGGCAGCCUCCUCCGCAACGGCCCAGGGAAGUUUGAGUUCGGAAACCAACACUACAACCACUGGUUUGAUGGGAUGGCCAUGCUUCACCAGUUUAAGAUUGAGGAUGGCAAGGUGACCUAUAGGAGUCGCUUCCUGCAGAGUGAUGCCUAUAAGAAGAACAGCGCGAGGGACCGCAUCAUGGUGUCAGAGUUUGGCACGGUGGCCAUGCCCGACCCCUGCAAGAACUUCUUCAUGCGUUUCCUCUCUCGCUUCGAAAUACCAGAGGCAACAGACAAUGCCAGUGUUAGCUUUGUAAAGUACAAGGGAGACUGCUUUGUCAGCACUGAGACCAACUACAUGUACAGGGUGGACCCAGAGAGCCUGGAGACACGGGAUAAGGUGGACUGGACAAAGUUUAUUGCUGUGAAUACGGCCACUGCUCAUCCUCACACUGAACCAGACGGCACUACGUACAACAUGGGCAACUCUUAUGGCAGAAAAGGUACCUUGUAUAACAUAAUCAAAGUGCCCCCUAAGAAGAACAAUCCUGAAGAAACCCUGGAGGGGGCUGAAGUGCUCUGCUCUAUUGUCCCUGUAGACAAGGCCAGGCCCUCCUACUUCCACAGCUUCGCCAUGUCACAGAACUAUGUGGUAUUCAUAGAGCAGCCUAUCAAAAUGGACCCGCUGAAGAUCAUCACAGCCAAGAAGAGGGGGGAGAGCAUCUGUGAGGGGUUCUACUGGGACCCCAAGCAAGAUACCGUCUUCCACCUGGUUGACAAACACACAGGACAGACCAACUCUGUAAAGUUCCACACCAAGGCUCUGACAGUGUUCCACCAGAUCAAUGCUUAUGAGGAGGACGGCUUCCUAAUGCUGGACAUGUGUUGCUCUGACAAUGGGGUGGCCAUUAACAACUACCUCAUCCAGAACCUACGCAAGUCAGGGAAGGCUCUCGAUCAGGUCUACAACACCAUGUACAAAGCUUUUCCCCGGCGCUUUGUUUUGCCUCUCAAUGUGACCAACGACACACCGACAGGUGUGAACCUCAACACACGUCCCACCAGCUCUGCCACUUCUUUCAAAACAGCUAAAGAUAAGGUGGUGUGCCAGUUUGAGGAUCUCCAUGGAGAGGACCUUUAUGAGUACGGAGGCCUGGAGUUGCCUCAGAUCAACUACAGCAAGUUCAACACACGGCCCUAUCGCUACUUCUACGGCUGUGGCUUCAGGCACCUGGUGGGAGACUCAAUCCUCAAGAUUGACCUGGAGGGAAAGAAAGUCAAGGUGUGGUACCAGAAGGGUUUGUUCCCCUCAGAGCCUGUGUUCGUCCCCUCGCCAGACGCCGUGGAGGAGGACGAUGGGGUCAUCCUCUCCGUGGUGGUCACGCCCACUGAGGAUAAGAGGACAUUCCUCCUGGUUCUGAAUGCCAGGACAUGGGAGGAGCUGGGGAGAGCUGAGGUGCCUGUCAACAUUCCUUACGGUUUCCAUGGGGCCUUCAACCCCACCGCCUAGAUCAGCGAUACUGACCUACCAAACUACCCCUCCCUCCCUCCCUUCCUUCCUCCCUCCCAUUCCCUUUUCUAUCCAUGCAGGCACAUGCCCAGAAAGGAGUCUACCUGUACUGAGCUCAUGCACAUGCCCCUCUCCCACUCGCAGAGUGCCCUUUUGGGUGGUUUUAUAAUGACAUUUUUGUAUACACAGUUAUUGUGGUUCUUCUGAACCAACUGCCCGCAAGUCCUUCCGUCCCCCGUUCUCCUUCCAUUCCUUACUUCCUCCCUUAUACAACCCACUGUCAUGAAACCCUCAUGGUCAAACCCCCAGAAAAAGGACCAAGCAAGAGUGCUGCCUUCCUGUGCGAUGCAUGCAGGACCUGCAUGUCGUGGCAGAGAUCAUUGCAGCACAGUUGGCAUUUUAUUCAUGCUGAGGGCGUAAGUGGGCAGUCAGACACCUAUGGGAUGAAAAAGGUUUUGUGUCCUGCAGAUAAUUUGGAAAUGGUUGUCUUUUUGCUUUGUAUGAGUUAGCCUACCUAUUGUAUUAAAAACAACUUUUUCCCACAUUAUUUACACACAGAAUGCAAUGCUUGAAGUUCAGUAGCCUACUUCUCCUCUCCUAGUUGGGAGUGAAAGCUCAAGUACAAGUAGGAAGUCGUCUGGGGGCCGCGUGACAAAUAUAGCGCAGUGUAGCUGUCUUUGCUUCACAGGUAAGCUGGAUGUGUCUGUUUUUUCAAUUUGAGAAUAUACAGAACAUUUAUUCUGAUCAGUUCUAAAUGAUUGAUAUUUAAUCACCCCAAAAUUCAUUGAAAAACUAUAGGUAGGGUUCCACUGCUGUUGCGCAGUGGAACCCAGAACGAUAUGUGGCCACCAGAAAGCCCAAGAGCCUGACCCUCUCCGGAAGUUGCUGUAGCCCUGCUUGAGAUAUAGCCUGUAUUGGCUAUUGGUUGAGACACAGAGCCCUUUUUGGGAUAGGCUAUGUCAGGUUGGGAAAUUGGAAAUGUAAAUUGAUCCAAGUUUAAGGUAUUAGUGCAUUUAGGUCAGUUGCAAUUCUAGUUGAAAAUUGGAAUGCAUGCCAUCAAAGCCACUACACAACACAACAAUAAAGAAUACAUUAAUUGUACUAUAACGGUGACAAACGGUGGCCAAAAACUGUUAUGGCCUACCUCUUACAGCUACCUCUCUACUUUUUUCAAUUUCCACCUGAAGACAUUCCUAAACACAACGUCAUUACAAAACAUUUCAAAAGUUUCCUAUGAACUUUGCCAAAAUAUUUCAAACUACUUUUGUAAUACAACUUUAGGUAUUUUUAAACGUUAAUAAUCGAUCAAAUUGUUGACUGUGCGAUCUGUAUUCAAUAACACCAAGUAAACAAUACAUGCACCAUUUUCCCUCUUGCGUAACUAUCAACAGUGUAACGUUCUUCCAGGAAGUGCCUCUUCUUCGUUUCACCAAUGAUUAACUUCAACCCAAUUCCAAGGACUGGUGACAUCCUGUGGAAGUUGUAGGAACUGUAAAAUGGGCGCUAUCUAAUUUCCCUUGACAAAGACAAUUCAGGGGACUGUCAGGGAUUUUUUUUUCUGAACAGUUUUUCCUUUGUUUUGCAUGCUACAUAAGUUCUGUUAUAGUCACAGACAUGUUUGAACCAGUUUUAGAAACUUCAGUGCUUUCUAUCCACACCUAAUCAUAUGCAUAUAAUAUAUUCCUGGCAUGGGUAGCAGGAAGUUGAAAUUGUGCACGCUAUUUAUCAAAAAGGAGAAAUGCUACCCCCUAUCCUUUAAGACGUUAACAACACUCAUCUCAGAUUUUCAAAAUAUGCUUUACAGCCAACGCUAGAUGAGCAUUUGUGUAAGUUUAGCAUGGCAUAAUGCUAUGCUAGCUCUGCUGGCAGCAGGCAACAUUUUCACGAAAAUAAGAAAAGCAACCAAAUUAAAUCAUUUACCUUUGAAGAACUUCGAAUGCUUUCACUCAGGAGACUCCCAGUUAGAUAGCAAAUGUUCCUUUUUUCCCAAAAGAUUAUUUUUGUAGGCGAAAUAGCUCCCGUUUCUUCAUCAUGCUUGGCUGAGAAAUCGACUGGAAACCGCCAAACUUUUUUCAAAUUUUGCUCCAUAAUAUCGACAAACAUGGUAAACUUUGUUUUUAGGAUCCAUCCUCGAGGCAAUUGGUUUCUCAUAAGAAGCGAUUGGAAAAAUGGCUACCUCAGUAUUUUACGCAAGAUUUUCUGCGAGAGACACCAUGUGACCACGUGCUAUAUAUGGUCCCUUACUGCCAUUCUUCAAUGGAAAUGCCUAAAAAGACGUCACAAUGCUGUAUACACCUUGGGGAAUACGUGGAAAACGUAAGCUCAUUCAUCGCUCAUUCACAGCCAAGGAGUCAUUGGCAUGAGGCGGUUUCAAAAAAUGCGGCACUUCCUGGUUGUAUUUUUAUCUGGGUUUCGCCUGUAACAUCAGUUCUGUGGCACUCACAGAUAAUAUCUUUGCAGUUUUGGAAACGUCAGUGUUUUCUUUGCAAAGCUGUCAAUUAUAUGCAUAGUCGCACCUUUUCGUGACAAAAUAAGUGUUCCCUUUAUUUUUAAGAGCAGUGUAUAAACAGCUGAAUAUGCGCUUUACCAAAACAAUGCUGUGCGCAACAUGCGUGGCUCCUUUCGGUAUGAAUCGUCAAUGGCGAAUGAACCUCUUUACGCCGGAGUUUACUAGAUGGGUUGGUCGUCCAACACACAUUACAUAUUGCCGUUUACCUCAGCUCAUUGGCGAUCUACCCAGCUAGAUUUCAAAACGAUCAGUGGUCAUUGGGUUAAAAUACAGUCAAUCAACGAAACAGCGGGCAAAUCAUUGGUGCACAAUAGUCUUCAAAUCGGUUUCUUUCAGUCAAUACAUCCCGCGAAAUGAUCCAUCAGGUUUGGUUGUGUUACAACGGAAAUCACGACACAAGCGGUUGUGUUACAAACAAACCAGUUGAUUGCAAUGUGUGUGUAUUUACCUCAAAUUUGUCGUCAAAUGGAAUGAGACGGAAUUCACGACACAAGCGGUUCACAAAAUGUUUCGUGUUAGGCUAUAAAAAUUGAUUUUAUCAAACAAGACCAUUCAUUGUGUAACAAUGAGUAUUGGGAUUGCAAACAGAAGAAGAUCGUCAAAGAUAAACUAUUUAUUUUAUUGCAGUUUGUGAUUUUGUUACACCUGUGCUAGUUGAAAUAGUUUUUUUUAUGGGGCUCUAUCCUCAGAUAAUCGCAUCGUGUUCUUUCGCAGUAAAUCCGUUUUUAAAUCUUUGAUGUCCCGUUGGUAGGAUAAUCUUAAUCGUAGGUCAUCAAAAAAUGUUUCCAAUGAUUGCACGUUGGCAGGAAGAACGGGUGACAGUGGGAGUUCAUUCACACGCCUAGGGAUUCUCAGAAGGCUGCCCGAUCUACGGCCCCUUUUCCUGCAUAUUUUCUUCUCGCAAAAGGCGUGGAUCUGGGCCAGUUCUUCGGCGCCAUCUUGUAGCUUUUUUAUUUUCAUAGUUUUGGUGAUGGUUGAACAACAGCUUGUUUUACUAGCUGUUGAUGCUGCAGUUUAGCUCACUAGCUCACUAGCUACAUACAUAAACAAUAUAAACACUGAAUGGCUCAGAGUGGGAGUGAGAGGUUAUGUGAUUGACUGCCGGCACGCGCCACAUGUAUCAAUAAAUCACUAUCAGAAAAUGUUUUGUGUGGUAAUUAUUUAUUUACUGUUUUUAUUCACAUUUUUUCAAGUCCUGGUGACAAAUCAUGCAUUCCGAUUCUUGCAUAGAUUGUAAUGGACACAUUAUGUGUGUAAAAUACUUUUUGAAAAUUGUACUGAUUAUGAUGAGCUAAGAUCAUUCCAACUAUGUAUGGAGCCAUGUUUGUUGACAUACAAUGCAUUCUGGGUUUCACGGAAACGAGCAAAGAAAUAACAAAAUGAGGUGAGGGAGGGUUCACUCAUUUGUGAACGAUGGUAGACGACACACCCCUUUCAAUAUGUAUACUAUUAACAGACCAAACAAAUCUUGUCUCCUCUUAUUAUCUUUGGUUGAUGUGAAAAAACAAACAUGGCAGGCAAGCACAAACUACCCAUAGUUGGAUUACUUUAGUUUUCUAGAAACUCAAUUAUUUAGAUCAAUGUUGAGCUCUCCCGUAAUGUUAUUAAUUAUAAAUAGUAAUUGCUAUUAGCUAAUUCAUAUUGUAGUUUCUGUCAGCCGAGAGUUAUAAAAAUAUGACCGCUUGUGUUAUGUCACUCUUUCCUCACUUAGCGCUAGGACAAAUGUAGCCUACAUUUUCAGAUUUGGAUGAUUGUGUUAUGCUCUAGCUACUUCUGUGAAUGUCUGAACAUUGCAUCCAAAAAUAAA